AUGAAUGAGCCUCCCGACGGCAUGGGGGCCCUCGGGGCGCGAGGAGCGGGGUCUCCCCGAAUCUUACCCCGCCGCCUGGAGCGCGCCGGGUCGUUCCCGCUGGAGCAGCGGCCCCGGGCCCCCCUGGCUCCGGCGCGGCCCGGCGGCCGCAGAGGCAGCGCCCUGGAGCAGCGAGCGGCGGCGGGGGCCCCGGGAGCGCGGGCUGGAGAGGACCCGGACUGUGAGCCCUGGGUCAGAGAGAAAGUCCUCUUUCUCCUGCAUCCCCAGAGGUGGCUGGGGACUCCGGGGGACCCUGCGCCGGAAGAGGUGGCCAGAGGAGACUGCCAGGAAGCCGCCGGCCCACCUGGCUUUCCUGGAGAAGAGCCUCGAACUUCUGGCAGCCCCGGGGACGCAGCGUCUGGAGCCCAGGGGGUCUCCGCCGCCGCGCGCCCCACACCCCUGCUGGUGCGGGUCGUGGACUACCACGGGACACAAGAAGUGCAGCAGACCGCUUGGACGAAGGGCUGCAUGACCACCAAGACAGAGGAACACUCCGUGACAGCGGUCACUUUCCGCACCCACAGAGUGUAAGCCAUUUGGGGGACGCCCGGACUGCUGGGGAACCCCCCGCCCGUUUCUCCAGGCGCCCAGAGGGAGACCCCAGCCUCCCCGCCACGGACGGGGGCAUUUUACGCACUGACUCGCCGAGAAGAUUCCGUAGGAAACUGUGCUGCUUUGGUGGAUCGGUGAUAACCCUUAAAGGAAAAGCAAGGACUACAGACACUCUUCCAGGAACUGCAGCCUAAACUUAACUGUCGGAGAAAAACUUUUAGGAACCCGGUGCACCCCUAAGGGUGACAGAGGGCGCCACCCCAGUCAGUUGGUAGACUUGUAAGAAAAGUAACACUUUGUGACUUCGACAAUCCAGCGUGAUGCACGAAGAAUUUAAGAAGACAGGGAGAAAAGUUUGUUUGUUCUCUUUCAAAUUGGCGGGAUGUGGGAGUGUGGAAAUCCAAAAGCCAGAGGUGAAUUCGUUCUCACUUUGCAGUAGCUUUUUACUUGACCUUGAACUCCUUUCCUUCAGGACCUCCGCGGAAGUGAAGGUUGUGAUCGGCUUCCUGCCAAGGGUGGGAGUGAGUGGGAAGAGAUUUGUUGUAAAGCUGAUGAAGAGGACCUGGAGCGAUUGGGGACAGGGGAUCUCCAUAAAACAAAGCAGCCAGCAAAUGAUCUUUUCCUAUCACUCUGUGGCCUGCAUUUUCUCCCUUACCAUCCCCUCCCCACCCUCACCCACACCUCCCCACCCCUACCGAUGUGCUGUGAAGAAUAGUGCCCAGCUAGGAAAAGAAGGGAGAAAAUGAAAGGCAGAAAUGCUACCUUAGAAGGAUUUCAGCACAGAGAGUAUGUAAGUGCAUGUUAACAUUUAGUGCAUUUUAAAAGUGAUCUUAAUGUAAAAAAAAAAACACACCAAAAAACUGCUUGUAACAAAUUAUUGCAGGCAAAUCGUGAUGUCUACUUGCCGUGAAGUGUAUGUCUCAUCUUUCUCCAUCGAUAGUUAACUUAGCUCUAAGAUUUGUAGUCAAGAUUGGAUUGGUAAAUACAUCUCUCCUGGUGCUGUUGAAAAUAUUCUCUCCUUAGGUAGUGGAAGCAUUUCUUUUUUUCUUGUUUUAUUUUGCUUUUGUUCAUCAACACCAUCUCUAUUACCUCUUUGCCAGCAUGACUCUCGUUGUGCCUGUUCGGAGGAUGUGGGAGGAGCAAAACACUCCAUCCAGAGAGAAAUCAUUUGACUUUAUCCACAGUGGAAGUCCUAGUGGACAGACUGUGAGAAUUAAGCUAGUGGGACCCUAGCUUUUGAAGAGAAAGUGAUUGAGUAGUGGCCUCACUUGCUCCUCCUCCUCUGCCUGUUUUCAGGUUAGAUCUUGAAAUGCCAGUAAAAGACCAUCAAAUGAUGUACUUCUCCGUCCCUAUCAGUCAAAUAGGGAUAAUAAAUAGUAUCUACCUCAUAGGGCCCCCCCUCCCCCAGGAUUAAGUAAAAAUGACUUAAAACAGGACCUAGCAAACAAUAAAUGCUUGAUAUUA